CCCCGGGCUCCGGGAGCCCAGCAGCAGGGCUCGGAGCAGAGCCGGGCGGGCGGCGGCACAAAUGGCGGCCGCUCCCCCUGGCGGCCGCCUCCGCCACGGAAGCUGCGGGCGGCGCUGUGCGGUGAAGGCAGCGGUCCGGGCGGCUCCCGCGGUCCCGACGGCGCGGGGUUCCGAGUGGCUGCCUCCAUCCCUUCUCCUCCUCCUCCUCCUCCUCCUCCUCCUCCUCCUCCUCCUCCUCCUCCUCCUCCUCCUCCCCCCCUCACGCCGCCGCCCUCGUUCCCUCCGCCCCGCGAGGAGCCGCCCGAGCCCCGCCGCCCCGCGGGCACCCGGCCUCCGCGGGGGCGGUGGGCGAAGGAAUAAAAACAGGCCCCGGGAGGGGCGCGGGGCUGUAGCUGGAGCCCCGGCCAACAGGGGAAGGAUGAUAGGUGGAAAUGAAUCCUGUACUGCAGGACCAAUAUCGCUGUCCUACUUAAUCUGUGUGGCUCACUUACUGGGAGAAUGGACUGGUGUGGAGCAUCUUGAAGAUUAUCUGGGUUAUACAGUCUACCUUUCAUGGUUGCUUCUUCCACUUGCAAUAGCUUUUAUAUUUCCAGGAAUUUUCUUCCUCACCUUUAUCUACAGUACUGUUAUCCUUCUUCAUAUUCAUAAAAGGAAGAGGAAAUUAAGUGGAGAUAAUUCAGGUAACGUUUGGGAUGGUGCAAGAAAAAUGUUGGCUACCGUAUGGGAUGCACAUGGAAGAAUAUGGCAUGGUUACGAGGUUCAUGGUGAUGAAAAAAUUCCAGAAGGACCUGCACUUUUUGUGUUUUAUCAUGGAGCUUGUCCUGCUGACAUUAUCUAUUUCGUAUCUAGACUUCUUUUAGAAAAGAAGAGAUUCUGCUACAUAGUAGCUGAUCAUUUUGUCUCUAGAAUACCAGGUUUUAAAAUAUUUAUUGAAGCAUUUGAAGUUUUGCAUGGACCAAAAGAAGCAUGUGCCAAUGCUCUGAAGAAAGGCUAUCUGUUAGUUAUUUCUCCAGGUGGAGUUCGGGAAGCACUUUUUAGUGAUGAAACAUACGUUAUUAUGUGGGGUAAUCGAAAGGGCUUUGCUCAGGUUGCCAUUGAUGCAAAAGUGCCCAUCAUUCCUGUGUUUACACAAAAUGUUCGAGAAGGCAUUAGGACAUUAGGAAGAAUAAAAAUACUUAGGAAACUAUAUGAACGUAUUAGAUUGCCAGUAGUUCCUAUGUACGGUGGGUUUCCAGUCAAGCUUCGUACAUUUGUUGGAGAACCCAUUCCAUAUGAUCCAAAUAUAACUGCUGAGGAACUGACUGCUAAGACAAAAGCAGCACUCCAGGCCCUAAUAGAAAAACAUCAGAAAAUACCAGGAAAUAUAUGUAGGGCUUUAAUGGAACGAUUUCAAACGCGACAGAAAGAAGACUAAGGUCUUCUGAGUAAGCUACUAUUUAGUUACAAUAUUCUUAAAGUCAUAAAUAUGACUUACUCAUUCUUCUAAUCAUAGUUUUUUAAAUACUGUCCUAAUGAUACUGCUGUAUAUUCUAAGAUAUAAGACGCUUUCCUUUGCUCUUUCCCUUGUCCAAUAUUGGGCUGAGGAGCCCAAACUUUGUUUGCCCCAUUACAAAUGAUUUAACUUUUGAUAAAUGCAUUCCUAUGUUGAAAGUGUUUAUGCAAAAAUGACACUUAAAGUCUUUCUGUUCAUAGUCUCAUCUUUGUUUUUCCUUUUUUUUUUUUUUUUUUUCCCGCAUCACCUAUGGUUGCUGCUUUAAUCUGGACGUUAGACCCAGGACAGCUAGGGUCUUACUGUCUUAAUCAUCAUCACAGCAAAUAAGUUUUAUAGGCCAGAUUAACUCUACAGCAUUUAUUAAAACUUUCUCUAGGUUAUUGCUUUCAUGCUGCUGACAAACCUAUUGCUGACAGUAGCAGUUAACCUUCUGUGGCCUGAAGAACCUCUAGCUGUGCCUGUAAAACCUGCAGUGAAAACUGUUCGGUUUUACUGGGUUUGCUCAGAAAGCAAUGAGUAGAGAUUAGAGAAAAGAACUGCAGUGAACUAAGCAGGUUUGUUACGGAAACCAGUCUGAUGUGGAGCGAAUCACAACAUGACAGCAUGGCUGCUAUUCCAAGCUGAGCCUUAAUGGAUAUUUACCCUCAAGUACAGCGUUGUCCUGUAUACUUCACAGUGAUUCUGAAUGUGCAAAUUCUCCUUCAAAUGAAUGAACCAAGCACUUAAAGUUUAAGAAAUGGAAAUGAGGGUACUAUUUAGUAACACAAGCCCAGAACGCUUUAUAAUAAAGGAAAGAAAAAAAUAAUACAACACUCCUUUAAAAAGUGAUGGUUCUUUUGAAAAACUGUGUGUGUGUGUGUAUAUAUAUAUAUAUAUAGUAUACAUGUAAACUGUUAAACCUCCACAUUCUUCAAACGUAGUUUUUAUGUGACUUAGAAAAUCCCUCUCAACCCUGAUUUAAUAUGUACUUCCCUCAAGUAAAAACAAUUGAAUGAACAGGAGGAAGUUGUAGGGUUGGGCUUUUGUGCACUUACAGUAAGUUACUUUUUUUCUUCACUGAACUAAAGCCUACACUUUUAUUAUCCCAAUAGGAAAUAUCUGAAAUAUUUCCUUUGAUUGCCAGCAAGCUUAAUCUACAGCUCUUUAAAGAGUUCUCAGAUACUAAUUUGUUUUGGAAUGAGGACAAAUUCCCUAAGAAAGGGUAAAAGAGUUUUUUUUAUAUUAUGUGGUCUACUUUCAAUAGUGUUGGGUUUUGACCUUUUUUGACUUUUUUUUUUUCCUUAAAGUAAAGAAGACAACCCCCAACUUUUUAAAAGAGCAGUUGUAUUCAAAUAAAUAUCCAUUACCCCAAACAAUUAAGUAUGUGCAUUGGUUUAUACUCUUUUUAAACUGUGAAAAUCAGUGGGAUUGCAUAACUGCAUCUGGAGGAUACCCCAUAUUAGAAUAAUAUAGACUCUUUCCCAUACAGUGAUAAAUCGUGGUUUGAAAAACCCAAAAAGCUUUCUUAUUUUAUAAUGUUGUUGCUUUAUAUCAAAAGCCUUUUAUGUGGUGCUGAAUUAAUUUUUUUAAAGCUUCAUGAAGAAUCAUGUUGCGCCAAAGCAAAUGCCCAUUCUGAAGUUUUAAAAAGUAUCACAGUUUUUAUUUGAAGGCAAGAUUGUCCUUUAAAUUUAUCAGAAUGUAUUUCAAAAAUAUUGUGUUCAAACAGUAAUAUCAUUAAAACUGAUAAUGUCAAGUUGCCACGUUGGAGUGCGACAUAGGUAUGACUUUUGUUUUUGAUAUCUAUCUUGAGGAAAAUGUAAAUCAGUCUGUGUUAUGAAAUUCUCAAAGGCAGCUGAAUGUAAUUGAGUGUUGAGGUUGUCUGUAUGUAAAAGAAAACUCGGUUUAAAAGUUUCCAGUAAGCGUGAACAGACCUUUUUGUGAUCUGAGAUUUUGUAAAAUUUAUUUUGCUAAAUGUGGGAUAUUUGAUGCAAUUUUUGUCCCUUGAAGUAUUGAAAGAUGAGUAUGAAAAAUGAAGGGCAGUAUUGCGACUCUUUAAGUGUUUGUACUUGUAUAGGCCUUUCAUAUUUAUUUCUAUAUAUAAAAUUGUAUAGAAGACACCUUUCAAAUAAAAUUGACAGUUGGAACAGG